AUGCGCUCUUUGAUCCUUCCACUUGUUUCGUUAGCGCUUGUCGUUGUUUCCUUUGCCAAUCCUCUCGUUUCCCCCCACGUUUUACACGAAAAGCGUAGCAGUACGCCAUAUGGAUGGUCUCGUGUUCGUAAACUCAACUCUACAGCCGUCAUUCCUCUUCGUUUCGCCAUUGCCCAGAACCACAUUGAGAAUAUUGGCGAGUACCUCUACGACAUCUCUCUCCCUGGGUCUCCAAACUAUGGCAAUCACUGGACAGCUUCCGAAAUAGCAGCCAAAUUUGCUCCGAGUCAUGAUUCAAUUCAAGCUAUUCGUUCUUGGCUCAUGCAAAGCGGUUUGGAACCUGAGCGCAUCAAGCUCUCAUCAACAAAAGGAUGGAUUACAAUUGAAGCUACGACUGAAGAGGCGGAGGAUCUUUUGCAAGCUGAUUAUCAUGUAUUCAAGCAUGAUACCGGCAAAGAACACGUUGCUUGCGAAAGCUAUCACCUCCCUGCCCACAUCACGCCCCACGUCGACUUUGUCACCCCCACAAUUCAUUUCGAUUCCAAGUUGUCGAAGCGAUCAGCGCCGGCUAGUGAUUCGACUCGAAUUGGAUUACCUGGCAAUGGCAACGGUCCGAAGACCACGGGUAGUGUUGACACACUUCUGGGUCUGGGUGGUGAGCUCAAAGACUGUGACAAGCAAAUCACUCUUUCCUGUCUCCGUGCUCUGUAUGGCUUGGUUUAUGCACCCCUUGCCACGUCAGAAAACAGUUUUGGUAUCGUGGAAUAUACGCCUGAAGCUUAUCUUCAGAGUGACACGGAUCUCUUUGCCAACGCUUACACAGAUGCCGUUGACGGCGUCGAUCUGCCCAAACUCACUCCCGAUAUAGUUUUUAUUGAUGGAGGCAUCAUUCAAACCGUUUACAAAGGCUUCGAGUACAACGGAGAAGCCAACCUCGACAUGCAGUACGGCAUCGCAUUAGUCACGCCCGCGCAAAGGGUCACCAUGUAUCAAACUGGAGAUAUGAUCAUAGAAGCAUCGUUCAACAACUUCCUCGACGCUAUAGACGGCUCAUAUUGCACUUUCGAAGGUGGCGACGAUCCUUCUGAAGACUCUAUUUAUCCGGAUACUACACCUGGUGGAUACGAAAAACCGCAAGACUGCGGCACAGUAAAGCCUGCAAACGUAAUCUCCACUUCAUACGGUUAUAACGAGGCGGAUCUUUCUCCGUCAUAUGUCGCUCGCCAAUGCGCUGAAUAUGCGAAACUUGGGCUUAUGGGCGUUACUAUCUUAUAUAGCUCCGGUGAUUAUGGUGUCGCAGGUAAUGGGGCAACAUGCUUGAACCGUGAUGGCACUCAGACCAAGGACGGCAAGAUCUUCAAUCCCACUUUCCCUAGCACUUGUCCAUUCGUCACCUCCAUUGGAGCAACUCAAGUCAACCCCGGCUCCAGCGUAUUCGACCCAGAAAGCGCGUGCGAACAGGUGAUUUACUCUAGUGGAGGCUUCAGCAACUACUUCGCCAUGCCUCACUACCAGAAAGACGCUGUGGAAAACUAUCUGAAGAAUCACUCCCCUCCGUACUCUGCUAGUAUUUGGAACUCAACAGGAACGUCCCGUGCUUUCCCGGAUCUUUCUGCCAAUGGUGCUAAUUACGUGGUAGCUAUCGACGGAAACUUCAGCCUUGUUUAUGGCACUUCUGCUUCAACCCCUGUCGUAGGUGCAAUCUUGACCAUGGUCAACGACGCACGAAUUGCUGCGGGCAAGAGCACCAUUGGAUUUAUCAAUCCUGCCAUAUACUCAAGUGAUUUUUCUGACGCUUUCAACGAUAUCACCACGGGUAGCAACCCAGGCUGUGGUACUCCAGGGUUCACUUCCGCUCCCGGCUGGGACCCCGUCACAGGUCUCGGCACUCCUAAUUUCUUCAAGCUCCUUGAACGCUGGCUGGAUUUGGGGGAUCUGGCACUUUCAUAA